CUGACACGCCAGCAUGGUCUCUGCAGCAAUCCAUGUGCACAAAGGAGCUUCUCUCAUUCGUGCUCGCUCCUUGUUUGGAGGAGACCCCGGAUGACGCGCGGAUGAGGAGGAGGCGAUCACCUCUCGUCAUCGAUCCUGUUCUAGGCUGACACCAUUGCGUGCUCUCUGCUCGAACAUUCGUAAGGCUUCACCUCCAGUUCUGCUCUCUCACCCCAUCUCCAUUCUCUCCUUACAGUCGUGAGGUUGGAAAGAUGAAGUUCUCCAGUGUUUUGCCGCUAGCCGUCGCUACCUCAGCAUUCGUGCUGCCUCCCGAGGAGGUCUUGAGCGAGCUCAAGAUCGAGGACCACCAUCUCGAAGCAAAGGUAGACCAUUGGUUGGAGGAAGCCUCAUCGACCAAAGAUGAGUUCCUCUCGAACGUGAAGAAGUACUUUGGCGAGGUCUCCGAGACCACCAAGGACGCCUGGAAGGAGAUCAGUGAGACUGGCAAGAGUGUGCUCGACCAGGCCUUGGAGAAGGCCCAUGAUACUGCGGAAUCACUUGGAAGCACGCUCGAAGAUGCUGCAGAUGACUUCCAGUCAUACAUUGAAGACAAUGAUUUCUUCACUGGCUUUGGCGGUGACCACCACGGCAAGCCAAAGCACCCACCACACCACCACGAGCCAAAUGAGACCGUGUAUCAACUCAUCGCGGGCAGCAAGUACACUACCAAGCUUGCCAAGUUGAUCUCCGAAUACGACGAUUUGGUCGAUGCUUUGAACAGCACCAAGGCCAACUUUACCGUCUUUGCUCCGACCGACAGUGCAUUUGAGAAGAUCCCUGAGCACGCUCCAAAGCCAUCCAAGGAGCAACUGAAGGCCAUCCUCUCCUACCACGUUGUGCCAGAUGUCUACACAGCUGGUCGUGUCUUGGUCACUCACACCGCACCAACUCUUCUCAAGGGCGAGCACCUGUCAUCCCAACCAGAGCCCCAACGCAUUGCCUUCAAGAUCGGACUCCGAGGCUUGACUGUCAACUUCUACAGCCGCAUCGUGGCCAUCAACAUCUUCGGCACGAACGGUGUCAUCCACGGCGUUGACUCAAUUAUCUUGCCCCCACCAAACGCCAUCACACUGGUCGACCUCUUCCCAGGCGAGUUCAGCACACUUGAGCUUGGUCUUGGCAAGACUGGUCUCCUCGACACCUUGAACACAACCCACCACGAAGGUGGCACUCUGUUCGCCCCAUCCAACUGGGCGUUCCAGAAGUUGGGACCAAAGAUCAAUGCCUUCCUCUUCUCCAGCUAUGGACUCAAGUACCUGAAGGCUCUUUUGGAGUACCACGUCGUGCCAGGCAACACAUUGUACUCUGAUGCAUACUACAAGGCCAAGGACGACAAGGACGCAGCUGCCAACUCAGAUAUUCCAAAGGGUCUGUUCCAUGUCGAUUUGCCAACUCUGCUCAAGGACCGCAACCUGUCGGUCGAUAUUGCUCGUUACGGUGGCUUUAUCAGCAUCAAGAUCAACGGCUUCGCGACUGUUGCCGUUCAAGAUGGCAUUGCCGAGGACGGCGUGAUUCAAGUCACUCGCGAUGUGCUUAUUCCUCCAAAGCAAUUGGGAGGUGCAGAACUUGAACAGUGGGACGGCUCUGAGCUUACCAUUGAGGAUCUCAAGGAGCGCCUUGAGCCGUUCGUGGCCAAGACUGAUCUCUAAUUGACACGUCCAACAAUUGUCUACACUAUAUUAGCGAUUAAGUUGUAGCGAUGCGGGAUCAAACGCUGCUGUGAUUUGCAACUAUGUAGAAAAAGUGACGAGACCAUGCUAUAAUGACAAUGUUUCCGAUUGAGCCACAAAC